AGUAAUCAUUUCGUGCUCGGAUUGGUACUCGUUACUUCGGGUAACUAUAAGUAACGACUACUCGAGUAACGAAUAGCUACUUUUCCACACCACUAGUUUGUGGUCUUUUUGACAACUUCAGCCGGCAACAGCAAAAGAUUAAAUUUUUUAUCCUGGAAGACUAAAGAUAUUUUAUCUUUUCAGUUCUGGCCAAAACAAUACAUUUGCUUUAUAUGUUUACUACUAUCGCAUCAUGUCGUCUGAUAAUUCAAAAAACGUAUGUGUAGUGGUUCUGGGUGACUUGGGGCGCAGCCCUAGGAUGCAGUAUCAUGCCCUUUCUCUGGCAGAAAUGGGACAAAAGGUAGAUGUGAUAGCGUACGGGGAAACCGAGCCUAUGGAAGAAGUGAAAACUGCACCGCUUUUGUAUUAUCACUACUUGCUUCCUUGCCCAAACAUUCCAAUCAAAAUAGUGAAUUAUGCUUUUAAAACUGUUUGGCAGACUCUAAAUUUACUGUUUCUACUCAUAAUUGCUAGGAAUCCCGAUAUGUUAAUUGUACAAAAUCCUCCAGCAGUGCCUGCUUUAUUAGUUUGUUGGAUGUUUUGCAGAAUUAUAGGUAGUAAGCUUGUAAUAGACUGGCAUAACUAUGGCCACACAAUAUUGGCAAUGAGCCUUUCAAAUAGUAAUCUACUAGUUCAUAUGACUAAAAUGGUAGAAAGAUUUGUUGGAAGACGGGCUGACUAUAAUUUUUGUGUAACAAAAGCUAUGAGGCAUGAUUUAGCCACAACUUGGAAUAUAAUUGCAAAUACUUUGUAUGAUAAGCCUCCAUUAAGAUUUAAGCCAAUAAGCCUAAAAGAAAAACAUGAAUUCUUACUAGAACUUGGAAAAGCCUAUAAGGAAGUUCUUUGUACAGAUGGAUCUACAGUGUUUACUACAUUGGUAGAUGAAAAUAUUCAAUUGAGGCCAGAUAGGCCUGGAAUGCUAGUUUCUAGCACAAGUUGGACAGAGGAUGAAGACUUUUCUAUUCUGUUAAGUGCUCUACAAGAUUAUGAAGAUCAUAUAAUAAAUGGCAACAGUUCCAGUCUACCAAACUUGAUGUGCUUUAUCACUGGCAAGGGUCACCUAAAGAACUACUACUGUAAUUUGAUCAAAGAAAGGAACUGGCAUCAUGUGACUGUUAUUACUCCCUGGCUGGAACCGCAUCACUAUCCAUUGAUGCUUGCAUCAGCAGAUUUGGGUGUCAGUCUACACAUGAGCUCAAGUGGAUUAGAUUUGCCAAUGAAAGUUGUUGAUAUGUUUGGGUGUGGACUGCCUGUUUGUGCUUACUACUUCAAAUGUUUGUACGAACUGGUUGAACAUGAAAAGAAUGGAUACAUAUUCAUGAACUCUGAUGAGUUGGGCAAACAGAUUCAAAAUUGGUUCACUAGAUUUCCAAAUAAUGAAGAGCAGAAGGAAAUUGAGAGAAAAUUCAAGACUGCCUUAGAAGCAUACCAAAAAUGUAGAUGGAGAGAAAACUGGAACAUGAUUGCUGCACCAGUAUUUAAAUAAUUUAUUAUUGUUAAUGUUCAUUAGAUAUAUUAUAUUACAUGAUAUAAUGGAAAAUAAUUAUAUUUUAAUGAAAAAUCUACUUUUCUUUCCCAAUCUGAUACUAGGUUCAAAUAAGAUUUGCUACAUUAGGAUAAAUCAAUUGAUCUAAAAUGUAUGUAAUAACUUCUUGCUUAAGAGAAAACAACUCAAC